AUGUUGGCUGCAUUAUCAGUCAAAACUGCAACAACUUUAUCUUGGCCAACUUCACUAAUUACUUCUUCUAUUUUUUCUGAGAUAUAUUCAGCAGUGUACUCUUCUUCUUCACCUUUAGAUGUCUCUUCACCAAUCUCCUCUUCUUCUCUUGCAACAACACCAAACUACACCCAAAGUGAAUUAAAAUGUCCAUUAAAUUUUACUACAAUUACUUCCAAUCCUUACCCAACUAAAACAGCUGGGGUGUCUUUAAGUUGUCGUGUAAAUGCAUCGGUGACCGUGACUCCAAAUAGCAAAAAUGAACAUUCACCGCAAUACAUUUAUGUGUUUGGCGGUUUUCAUCAAUAUACUGAUGAGGUUUAUAACGAUUUAUACAGACUUAACAUUGCUGAGAUGAAAUGGGAGGAUGUAAUAUACUUAAAGGGCAAUCGUCCAUCAAAACGAACAAAUCAUUCAGCUUCGUUAUGGAAUAAAGACAAAUUGCUUAUUUUUGGUGGCACCGAUGUUGAAGAUCAAUACUGUGAUGAUGUCCAUAUAUUAGAUUUAAAAACAAUGACAUGGGAAUGUCCAGAAAUACACGAAUUUCGUCCUAAUGGUCGUGCCAAGCAUACUGCCACCAUUUCUAAUGAUAAACUUUAUAUAAUUGGCGGUUAUACAAAAAAUGAGUACGAUACAACAGAAGUUUCAUCCUAUAUAGAUUGUUUGAACCUUCGUACUUGGAGAUGGGAAACACCAAUCAAGUUUGUUCCAAGACAUUCUCAUGUAUCUUUUAUUUUUCGAAACAGGGUUUAUGCUUAUGGGGGUUAUAACGAAGAGAUGGAUAGGGAAAAAUCGUUGGACAUAUUGGAUCUUCAGACAAACAAAGUUUCAAAAAUACAAAUUACGUGUGAUAUAGGACCUGAAAUAAAUGGCCAACACUUUGCACAGUUAUACUGCAAUCAAUUGGUAUUGGUUAUAACACAAUGUGUUAAGCAUGACGCACAAGAAGUUUCAAUAGGUGUUUGGUCAUUAGAUUUGGAUUCAUUACAAUGGCACAAAUUUGAAGACGGUGAACGAUUUGUUCAAGGCAAAUGGCACUAUUUUGCAAUGGCAGAAAAUAAUUCGCACUUUUUUUUGUUUGGAAAUCCAGAAGAGGAUUCGGACGAGUAUUUUUCAAACGUCCUAUCGAUCGAUCUUCAAGAAUACGGAAUCUCUCGCAUCCCUCCUACAACCAUCGGUUGGGAUUUUCAACAAUUGAUCAACGAUGAAGCUACUUCUGAUUUCGUUAUACGAUCAAAGGAACCAAAAUCACCACCCUUUCAUGUUCACAGAAUCAUUUUGAUUGCUAGAUGGUCGCAUUUUUCUAAUAUGAUCAAUUCAGGAAUGUUAGAAUCCUAUAAUAAAUCCCUAACCAUUCCAGAAUCUUAUAAAACCGUUCAAGCUUUUGUUUCGUUCUUAUACACUGAUGUAAUCGAUGAUCAAUUCUCAGUUGAUACUAUUGCAGAUCUUAUGAUACUGGGUAAUAUGUAUCUUAUUCCACGUCUAAAAUCACUUUGCUGUGCUUGUCUACAAUCAAAAAUCAAUAUUGACAAUGUUUCUAGAAUAUAUCAAUGUGCUUCAGUGGCUGAAAUAUUCGCAUUAAAAAAACGAUGUAUGCGAUUUAUCAACAUUAACUUUGGACCAGUUUCAAGAACGCAAGGAUUCAGAUCAUUACCAAAGGAGAUUUUAUUUGACUUUUUGGACAAUUUGCCUGAUAAGGCAAAAAUCAAAACGUAUAGACAUGGAAAAGAAGCUAUUUCAGGAGCAACAGGAAUAGCAACAGGCGUAAUUGCUUCAAAAGGCUCUAAAAUUAUUGAAACUACUGAAGACACAAUUAAUGAAACUAAAGGAGUUAUUGGUUAUGCAGCACGAAAAGGCAAAGAGGUUGCUACACAUCCUAUAUAUUAUAUGCAAAAAUCAACAUCUUUCUUUUGGGAAAAAUUUCCACCUUUGAGUUGGUUUACUUACGGAGUGAUAGCAUUAAAUGCCAUACCUUUAACAAUCCUAUUGAUUUUUCUUUUUAUUACAACAAGUAUCGUUGCGUUAGUUACUGGCACUGGAAUCUUUUUGGCUGAAGGAUUUUUCGUUGGUGUUGGAUCAUUUUUCUUGAUUCCUGUAUUCAUUAUGAUGAUUUUUGCAUCAUUUGUUACCGCUUUUUUCACUAUUUUUGGCUGGACUUUUUACAAACUUGUCAGAUCUAUAUUACACAUUUUUGACUUAAUUGAAGACGAUGAUACAGCAACAUUAUCUUUUGAUGCUCAACAGAUCUUUUCUAAAACUAGUGAAGUUCUCACAGGCGGCAAAGAAAAAAACGGCAGAGAAGAAGAUGAUUGGUUGGUUAAGGAGAAAUAA